CAAAGACUCUUCCACCUACCAUAAUCUUCAUUUUUCACUUCUUAUAAAGUAUAUGCCAAGACAUUCAUAGUUACUUACCCAGUUUCAAAGUUCAACACUUGAUUCUAGCCAAAAAAAAAAAAAAGUAUUUUAAUGGCUUCCAAUGGCCAAAGCAAUUCUAAAAACCAAGUAGUGGUUGUUGUGGUACCUUUCCCAGCACAAGGCCAUUUGAAUCAGCUUCUACACUUCUCACGCCUAAUCUUAUCACACAACAUACCUGUCCAUUAUGUUGGCACUUCUAUACACAACCGUCAAGCUACGAUUCGUGGCCAAGGUUGGGAUCCAAACAUCCAUUUUCAUCACUUCAAAGUUCCUCACUUUGUUUCACCUCCUCCCAUCCUAAAUUCAGAAACUAAAUUUCCUUCUCAUAUGCUUCCUUCUUUUGAAGCAUCUUUACAUCUUCGCGAGCCUGUGGCGGAACUCAUGCAAUCACUUUCAUCUGUUUUCAAAAGGGUCGUUGUAAUUCAUGACACAUAUAUGGCUUCUGUGGUACAAGAUGCUAAAAACAUAGCGAAUGUUGAGAAUUACAUGUUUGUCAGCACAUGUGCUUUUACAGCUUUCACUUCCAUUUGGGAGAGAAUGGGAAAAACUCCAAUUGAAAGCUCACAUAUCAUUGAUGUUCCUUCUAUGGAAGGAUGCUUCACAAACCAAUUCGUUGAUUUCAUGAUUGCACAAAUGGAAUUCUGUGAAUUCAGUAAUGGGAGCAUCUACAAUACAAACAGAGUAAUCGAAGGUCCUUACUUGGAAUUGAUAGAGAAAAUCACUUGCAAUAAGAAGCAUUGGGCAGUGGGACCCUUCAACCCUCUAACCAUUGAUCAGGAGAAGAAAGAUUCAAAGGGUAGGCACUCAUGCAUGGAAUGGCUUGAUAAACAAGAAACAAACUCAGUUAUAUAUGUAUCUUUUGGAACAACAACAACCUUGACAGAUGAAGAAAUUGAACAGAUUGCAACUGGAUUGAAACAAAGCAAGAUAAAGUUUAUUUGGGUGUUGAGAGAUGCUGAUAAAGGAGACAUCUUUGAUAAAAAUGAAGGGAAAAGAGGUGAACUUUCAAAAGGGUUUGAAGAGAGAGUUGAAGGAAUGGGCUUUGUUGUGAGGGAUUGGGCACCCCAGUUGGAAAUUCUAAGCCACCCUUCAACGGGAGGGUUUAUGAGUCAUUGUGGAUGGAACUCUACCUUAGAGACCAUUUCAAUGGGGGUGCCAAUAGCAGCAUGGCCUAUGCAUUCUGACCAACCAAGAAACUGUGUUUUGAUAACACAAGUGUUAAAGAUUGGUUUGGUUGUGAAGGACUGGGCUAAAAGACAUAAAUUGGUUACUGCUUCAAAUAUUGAGAAUGUUGUUAGAAGGUUGAUGGAGACAACGGAAGGUGAUGAGAUGCGAGAGAGAGCAAUAAAACUUAAAAAUGUUGUUGGUACGUCAAUGGAUGAAGGUGGAGUCUCUCGUAUUGAAAUGGAUUCUUUUAUCGCUCAUAUUACUAGAUAGUUGUUGUGUAAAUGAUGAUCAUAAAUCUUGACGAAAGUUCUAUUUCAAUGCUAGCUAUUUAUUGGUUAUUUCAUCCUUAACUUCUUUUUACCUUCAUAUUUCUAUCAAUCUAAUUUGAUGUUGGUUGUUUUAAAUA